GUGCAAUCGACCUUUCCUUUUGAAGUGGAGCGCCGAGGGUGCGGCAGGAAAAUACGAUAAAAAGCGCCUGCGGAAUUGCCAGCACUCCACAACGCGCAACCAACUGAAACUGAGGAAACUAUGCGACCUACAAAACUUCUCUUCUUCAUCUUUGCUGGAGGCGCGUAUGGUCUUCUUCCUCGCGUCUCGGACGCGCCGCAGGUCCAGGAGGCAGCGACUCCGCUGGAGUACAUGCGAGAGCUCUACUACCAGAUGUACACCCCGAACGGGACGGUGCGCUGGGACGAAACGAGUCUCUCCACCGACGUCUGGUGCAUCUCCGACAGAGAUGUUGUCAAGCAAGCAUUUCAGAAAAAUCAACCAGCAUCCAGACCCUGCUCUGAGUUCACACGCUUCACCUUUGAGUGGCCUUCACUGGCCAAAGCACUGUCACUGAAACCUCUUCAACUUGAGAGCCUCUACCUCCGAGCAUACGUCCUGGUGAACCAGGAGACUGUUAGACUGAAUGAAAAGAUCUCAUUGACGGUGACUGUAAGCCUCUAUGGUGAGGGUGGACGGAGGGAAAUUGGCAGUGUGGAAAUUGAGCGGGAGAUGGUUCUGAGUCGGCUGUCAGACCAGUGGAUCGAGGUGGACCUGUCAGAGGAGGCUGAGAAAUUCUGGCAUCGUGUGAACACCUCUUCAGUGAUUAGGAUAUCCAUUGAAGUUGGGGCGAUGGACUGCCAUGAUCGCAUCUCGUCUCCAGUACACUUCUACCACCCAGCUGAAUUACCUCCACCAGCCAAAGACAGGGACGGAUCCCACCAGCCCUUCCUCCUGGUCUUCACCACCGACAACCACUUCCCCCAGAAACGGAGGAGCCAGGUACACAACGCAGACAAACGAAGCAAGCGGUCGCCCGAGAACAACUGUGCGAGGUACGACCACAGCAUCACCUUCAGUGAAAUAGGUCUCACCGACGUCCUGGUACCCACAUCGCUCAACAUUGGGAAGUGCUCUGGGUCCUGCUCUGAGAGCACUCUGCGGGGAGACACCUCACUCGGGACGAACCACGCCAGAAUCAUGUCCACCAUCAAGACCAUCCAGGGCUACUCCCCACAGCACGGGCUCCAGAUUACAUCCGACGGCCCAGCCAGCACUCCCUGCUGUGUCCCCAAUUCUUUUCAGCAGCGCACUCCCCUCUACAUGAGGGCCGACAGUGCCACACUCGGCAUACGCACAGACUACUACAAAGAUCUUGUCGUUGAGAGUUACCUCGUGGAUGGCGUGCAGAGAACGAAGCAGAGCAACAAGAAAUGCAAAGUGACCCACCAACUUCCGUUCAACACGGGAGCCCUGCUGGAUAUGUUACGAGGUAACAAAGUCUUCGUCCAGAAAGCGAUACUCAGGACGUACAUGGACACGAUCCAGAGAUAUUUCAAAAAACAAGACACUAUCCCGGUCCAAUUCACUGCCACUUUCACCGUCCCUGAGCUCGGGACAAAUUCGAGCCUCACAAUCUUUGGAGGAGAAGAGGUGGUUAGCGUGACGGCUGAUUCCAGUCGGUGGGUUGAACUAACCUCACCAGUGGACUGGCAGAGCUUCAUUGACUGUGAGGACAACAAGAGGGUACCGGUGACUCUAGUCGACCCAGCAACGGUUCCACUCAACCAGCGCCCACGGAGACUCCGCCUCUCCAAACUCCAGCCAAUGCUCUUGGUGUUUCUGAGCGACGAAGACCUCAAAACUGAGAUCAAGCAAGAGGCCGAGCCUCCACCGCUGGGCGACAAUCUCGACAUACAAGAGAGGGCGAGAAGGGAAAGUGGAGGGUGUCACCUGGAAGAUUUCGCCGUCAACUUCCAUAACAUAGACCUCACCUAUGUUCUGGCACCGUUCCAGUAUAAUGCCCGCAAGUGCGUUGGAUCAUGCUCCCACACUAUACUGCGCUACCAAGGCCACCUGGCCACCAACCACGCCAAGAUCAUGGCCAGUGCCAUUGCACUGAAAACCUUCGACCCCGACACACAGUUUCGCACCCAGCCGGCCGAACCAUGCUGUGUACCAACCAAAUACGAGUCCAUCUCCCUGCUCAUUCUCGACAAUCUUGACAGACUCAGCUAUGCUGUCUACCCCACAAUGCGAGUCGCUGGGUGCGGCUGUAGAUAG